UGUUCCUCGCGCUCACCGUGUGCGCCGCCACGAUGGUCCCCAUGGAAACCAGAGCGACAUCCGCGGGCCUGGCGAACUGCACCGGCAACAGCAACCCUAGAGUGCUGAUGACCUCCUACGGCAGCAACGGAGCGGCCGUGGCAAUGCAGGCGCUGCUGCGCCGCAACGUGUCCGUCUCCGGCGAGACGGACCUCGCGGAAGCGGCGGCGUUGUCGCUGUUGUCAGGAGAACACGGCCCGGUCGAGCGGUGGCCGUUCUACACGUACCUGUGCGGCGCCAUGUUCUGCCUGCUGAUGAGCAGCGGGUGCCACCUGCUGGCGUGCCACUCGGAGCACGCCAGCUACGUGCUGCUCCGCCUCGACUACGCCGGCAUCACCGGCCUCAUCGUCACCUCCUUCUACCCGCUCGUCUACUACACCUUCCUCUGCGACCCCUUCUCCCGGACGCUCUACCUCGGCUCCAUCACCGUCUUCGGCGCCGCCGCGGUGGCCGUGUCGCUGCUGCCGGUCUUCGAGGCACCCGAGCUGAGGUGGGCGCGCGCCGCGCUGUUCGUGUGCAUGGGCGCGUCCGGCCUCGUGCCCAUCGUGCACAAGAUGCUCGUGUUCGGCGCACGGCCCGAGGCGGUGGUCACCACGGGAUACGAGGUGGCCAUGGGGGUGUUCUACCUGGCCGGCGUGCUGGUGUACGCCACGAGGGUGCCGGAGAGGUGGAUGCCGGGCAGGUUUGACCUCGUCGGGCACAGCCACCAGCUGUUCCACGCGCUUGUCAUCGCCGGCGCUUACGCGCACUACAAUGCCGGCCUGGUUUACUUGAGUUGGAGGGACAUGGACAAGUGCUGACUACUGUCGUGCACGGUCUGCCAAGACAAAGAAUUUUGACGAAAGAAGUUCUAGUGGAGUACAAGAAUUGUUGUGUUAUUGAGCUAGACAAACCUAUGCCAGAACCACAAAAGAACAUCAAAUUUCACACUUUUUGUGUGUAGAUAGACCUGACAUAUAACUAGUUCAAUGCUCUUACUUUGCCGACAAUAAUUUUAGACAUAAAUAUAUCGAUUCAUAGCAAAUAUCGG